GAGAGAGAGAGACAGACUGACAGACAAACGGAAUGAGAGAGGGGUGGCCAGAGAGAGAGAGAGAGACAGACAGACAGACAGACAGACGGAAUGAGAGUGGGGUGGGCAGAGAGAGAGACAGACAGACAGACGGAUUGAGAGAGGGCUGGGCAGAGAGAGAGAGAGAGAGAGAGACAGACAGACAGACAAACGGAAUGAGAGAGGGGUGGGCAGAGAGAGAGAGACAGACAGACAGACAAACGGAAUGAGAGAGGUGUGGGCAGAGAGAGAGACAGACAGACAAACGGAAUGAGAGUGGGGUGGGCAGAGAGAGAGAGAGAGAGAGACAGGCAGACAGACGGAAUGAGAGAUAGAGACCGACCGACAGACACAGACAAUGAAGGUGAAAUGGACAGACAGCAGGGGAGUUUUUGGGGCUCACCGGGAGAGUGAUAGAGACACAAAGAUGAGCGAAUGGGGGCCAGUGUUGGUGGGUGUAGCAGAGAGUGCUUGGACUGUGGGGGUGAAGGAGAAUUCGGGAGCUAGUUGGACUCGGAAAUUCUUGCCAGGAACGUUUGCAAGUUGGAGGGAUACCGCCAAGGGUUGAGCAACACGGCAAGGUGACGGCCUGAUGGUGUUAAUCCAGAGACCCAGAUCAUGUUCUGGGGACUUGGGUUCAAAUCCCACCACAGGAGAUCAUGGAACUUGAAUUCAAUAAAUAUCUGGAAGAUUGCAGAGUUCAGAGUUGCUCUGACUGAACCAAAGAUCAGCCUCACCAAGCUGCAGGAACUUUGCUUCAAUGGGAUCCCAUCUGAAGGGGGGCUGCGUUCGCUUUGUUGGAAGAUCCUCCUCAAUUACCUUCCCACCGAGCAGGCCCAGUGGAGCUCCUUCCUGAAGAAGCAGAGGGAGAUAUAUGCACAGUUCUUAAAGGAGAUGAUCAUUCAGCCUGGGAUCGCCAAAGCAAAUCUGGGCUUUAUCAGAGAGGAUGUCACGCUGGAAGAUCACCCCUUGAAUCCAAACCCGGACAGUCGAUGGAACACGUACUUCAAGGACAACGAGAUUCUCCUGCAAGUGGACAAAGAUGUUCGACGCCUAUACCCAGACAUGGCAUUUUUUCAGCGUCCCACUGACUACCCAUGCCUUUUGAUCAUGGACCCCCAGAAUGAGUUUGAAACGCUUCGCAGGCGGGUAGAGCAGACCACGCUGAAGUCCCAGACUGUUGCACACAAUCGGAGCGGCGUCACAAACGUUUCCUCCCCUCGCAAGACAACAUCAGCCAAUGAAUACGAAGUGCUUCCCAACGGCUGUGAGGCUCACUGGGAGGUGGUCGAAAGAAUUCUUUUCAUCUACGCCAAACUGAAUCCAGGAAUUGCUUAUGUUCAGGGCAUGAAUGAGAUCGUGGGGCCAGUUUACUAUACCUUUGCAACAGACCCUAACACUGACUGGAAGGAACAUGCAGAGGCAGACACAUUUUUCUGCUUCACAAACCUGAUGUCAGAAAUCAGGGACAAUUUCAUAAAGAGCCUCGAUGACUCACAGUGCGGGAUCAGUUAUAAAAUGGAGAAGGUUUAUUCAACGUUGAAGGAGAAAGAUGUGGAUCUUUACCUCAAACUGCAAGAACAGAACAUCAAGCCACAGUUUUUUGCCUUCCGCUGGCUAACGUUGUUAUUGUCACAAGAGUUCCUCCUCCCAGACGUCAUUCGAAUAUGGGACUCCCUCUUUUCAGACAUCGGCAGGUUCGAUUUCCUUAUCCUGGUCUGCUGUGCCAUGCUGAUUUUGAUUCGAGAUCAGCUGCUUGCUGGGGACUUCACAACAAACAUGAGGCUGCUACAGGAUUAUCCGAUUUCUGAUGUUGAUCUGAUCCUAAAGAAAGCAAAAGAACUCCAGGAUUCUGCAUAGUGGCAGUUGAAAACUGCUCAAUAUUCCAGGAAAUGCCCCACACACUCUGACAUAAUCACAAUCUUUGACAGACAAGCACAUGUGGACCUACAGGAGCACAUGGGCGCACACAUGACAAUAUGAUGGGAAAGUGACCAAACCCGCCUUUGCAGUGCCUUCUGGGAAAAUGUCUCCAUUCCCACAGGGAAGUGUGUGGCUAAAAUUGUCUUUAACUUUGUACUGUGCAAUCCUGUGACUCCUACCCCACCUCUUUCCCCCACCAAAUCUUUUCAUCUCCUUUCCUGUCUCCACUAUCAAGGGAUCUGCACUGAUGGUGCUGAGCAAGACAUGAGUGAUUGCACUCCGAAUGAAGACAAUGAAAUUUACUCCAAUGAUAGAGUACAGUAGUGCGAUAACUUAAUAAACCCAUAUCACAGAACUAAAGAAGGAAAAGCCCGUUUCUGCCACACUCUCGGUUGUUUUCUGUUGUGCUGCCUGUGUUGGAGUUGGUGUAGUCUAAUUUAACCUUAAAUCAGUAGCCAAGAGCUCAGUCAUUACAAACUGAAUGAUCUAGUACCAACUAAAAUGCAGUCCAUCUUCUUUGAGAUGCAAACUGUAAACUCCUCACGACAUCCUGAGAUUCAGUGUAGUUUCCUGAAUUUUCAGUUUCACAGCAUAAUGACCUAAGACCUGAAAGUUAUGGUGAUAUUGGAGACUGGGAGGUGACUGACUCUAAUUAUCUCAGGGUCUGAAGGAAACAUGCUGGUUGAUUUGCUGCUUGAUGUCCUGGCUUCUCCUCUGAGCGCCAUUGAAAUCAAUGCAGAAGCUCUUUGCACUUGUGGCUAUAUUAAAAUAACUGACUGGGCUUUCAGACUAUUUGUUGCUGAUUCGAGCAAAGUGCAGAACAACUUGUUUCUUUAAAGUCUGAGCUGUUGCGUCAGAGCCUAUGAUUGAUACUCAGCAGAGAAACAGAUUUAGUAGACCUUGUUGAGUCAGAAUUGAUGUCACGAUCCUUAAACUUGUAUUUAAGCUUUCUACUGCAUGCCAGUCUCCCAGAUGAAGUCCUUUAUCUCUUUUUUAGUGUUGCAAAGGAAGGGGUUAAGCUUAAGGGUCUUUGGGUGAGUUCAAAUGGUCGUAUGAAAUUGUCAUCUGAUGAAUGUAAUAAAAACCGUGCAGAAGCAGUUUGCAUUUGUAGAGAAAUAUUGUUUGAAAUGAUCACAUCUGAUCUUUAAAGCUGCCUCCUAGUCGUUUGACUAGUCGUAUUGGUAUGAGCGACCGAACCAAUCACAUUGGCGAAGCAUAAUUCAGCUUUCUUCAACCACCUGGCCCCCUGUGCGUUUAGUGCUGUUCUUUAAUCUGUCCUCAUAUUUAAUACUGAACCAUCCCAGCAUCUCUUCUAAGAGUUUCCCUUGUAACAAUGAUGGUGAGACUGAUGACGUGACCACAGCUAACGUCCCUUGAGUAGUCCCUGUCUUGCCUACUACCACCCCUUGUGUUAACACCUUUGUUUUAAAAGCGUUAUUGACCUCAGCAUCAAUGAGGUACACUCAGUGUUUGCAUCACCAGGGUCAGCAGUGGUUUCAAGAAAUGGUGAUUUCUGACCUGGGUCACUUCAGAUUUUGGAAUUUAUCCCAACACUUAUUACUACUUUUUUUUUGAGAAAGCUCAUUAAAGUUGAAUAUUACAACUGGGCAGGACCAAUACUUUCAGUUCCCAUUCCUGUUGUUCCCACUGAUUGAAGCUACAGCCCUGAUAAUCACAUUCCACAAUUGAGUUUGCUGUGCACUCACAUACAAUAGGCAAUCGAUAAUUAGCUGUUUGUGAUAAAGUGAGUGCAGAAAUGCCGCCAUUUCUAUUUUCACUGUUUGCACGAUACCAGAAUCGUCUGGGGAUUAAAUCAGUAUCCAGUAGGUAUAUUUAAAUUUUUUGAUAAUUAAGUAAGUGAUUUGUUGUUGUGCAAAGUGCUGCAAAUUUGUUUGUUUGCUGGUCUGACAGCUUGGCUUUCCUUAGUUACACACCUUCCCCUCUACCCACUCUGGCAUUGCCGGCCAUGUGUUUUAAGGGGUGAAUGUUUUUGCUACUCUUCACCCACCAAACAUUGGAAGGGUCUUCCUUUCCGGUUACUGAAGCUCUCGAUCUGCUUGCAUUUGGCCUUUGCAGUGCUGGUCCCUCCUGGGACUCUUCAAGCUUCCGAGAAUCAGAGAGCUGCAGGUUCAGUCGAGAGUUUUCUUCAGUGCCAGGUGGAGACAAAGAGGAACAUUGAUAAUUAAACAUGUAGCAUUAAUUGGAAUUAAAAUCCUGCUGAUUGGGUGAAACUGUCCACAUUCCUGCUGUGAAAAUGCCAAAUGCGCUUGCUACUGUAACUGCUCAGUAUUUUGGUACCUUACUUACCUUGUUAGUUAUAGCUUCCUAAUCUGGCUUUGUGAUGUGACGUCCAUGGUUUAAAGCAUUGUGUUGUGGCCACUCUCUUCCUGUCUGCAUUUGAUGCCCUGAUGCACAUUUUUCUGACUACUUUGUCAGUCCCUAUUAAAGGGAAUUGUUGUUUGUCUUCUCGUGGUGGAGAAGAAUAGUAAUCCUAUCUUGUUCUGCCAGAAGUUAAGUAAAAGGCAUUUUUGUUUAUUGCUAGUCCUCCGUGUGGACUGUACCAACGCAGAUAACUUUGGGGAAUGGAAUGUUUGUUUGACUCCAAGGCCUGUCCAGCAGUGGGGGUAUGGAGUUUAAAUCUCCAUCCCAACCAACCCCCAUAUACUCAAGAGUUUCUGAUCCCAACAUCUGCCAGGAUUCAGAUUCAUCCACUAAUGAGGCAACAGCACUUAGAUACGAAACAACCCUUUCCCAACCUCCAUUGCCCAUAGGUCAAACGAACACGACAAGGCCACCCAGCCACUUAGGACUGGUUUGCUGACUCCAGGCCUUGAUUUUUUUUUGGAGGAGAUUACUGCUUCCAUUUAUGUAAAUACUUUCUUUUCCAAACAUGACCCCUGAAUUUCCAAUUGUUCCAACUUUAAAAUUAGCCCCGUCUCCUGUGUGAUUUCAGAGUUGGAUCGCUUGGAACUCGGACAGUGUCCUCUGCUAAUAGCAAAGUGGAAUUUUGAACUCCAGGACUAAGCUAUCAUUCUCUCCCCAUACCCAUCCCUCACACAAAGGGAACAUUUCAAUUUAUUCUCUAAGUAUCAUUUCAAGUCACAAGAUUUCUGUACUUAGUGUGCUAAUUUUAUUUUUUUUUGUUAACCCAGCCUUUGCUGGCCCCAGCCUUAACCUUGUUUCCCCAUUUCCUGUUUUUACCCUAUGUGUGUCUCAGUGUCGGACACCCCACAUAUUGUGAAUGGAGGUGGGGGGGUCUUGGAAUAAAAUUGGACAUCAUUAAGAAGCCCCAGUUAGUUUGGACGUGGUUAAGGAGCAGUGUCACAUUUUAAUGUCUGGAUGGUUUUAGGGACAGCACUUAUCAUUGUCCCACCUCACUCAUGAUACAUGAGACCGCGAGGGUUACUCACUACCAUGGCACAAAUUCUGUUCCCUCAUGUUCCUAAUUGUUGCUCGGGUGUGAAUUCACAUCUGUUGUGUGACAAGGUUGUAUCAAAGGUGAAAACCCUUCAGAUUAUUGGCUGAGAAAUUGAAAAACUUAAUCUAACAAAAUAAUCAAACUCUUGAUGUUUUGAGGUGUUAUGUUUCAGAUGAAUGUUGAUUCAGCUUAUUCUCAUUGUAUAAGGAAAUGUUCUGGAAUGACAGUAUCAAUGGAUAGAUAAUAUACACCACCAAAUCAAUGUAACUGUUUAGGAUCUAAUGAAUGCAAUAUUAGUUUUCCUUGUUAACUAAAACAAAUCAUACUUCUAAUGUGGCUCUUCAAUAUUGUUUUUUUUUUACAGUUGCCCCAUUAAUCCCCGAAAUUAGCGAGUCCUCCUGAUUCCGGUAAAUAGUCAACAGCAAAGCACUAGGGUUUGCGUUUAUGUUCUCACAACAGAAACAAACUCUGCAGUAAAAUUACAGUAUUGAUCCCAGAUUUAGACCAUUUCCUUUGAGCUUCAAUGCUGCAUAUGAACUUGCCUCCCGUGUAUCUAUCCCUUACACCUUUCCCUUUCGCACCCCAUUUACCCUUCUCCUGCCUGUCUCUCUCGUACAAUAUCUGUUGGCAUCUUCCAGCUCCUCAUUCACUGACAACCAGUCUGUCUCCCUUUUUACUUUCUCUGUCUCUAUUAUACACAUUUUGUAAAUUUGUUCUAUGUCUCUUUCUUCCACCCCAGCAAUGUUUCAUAACUGUCUUGUGUACACAUGCUGUCUGUCCAUUUGUACAUGCUGUCUGUCCAUUUGUACACACUGUCUGUCAUUCUCUCUGUCACUGCCCAAUAAUACCUGUCAGGAGAAGGGUGAUUGAAGAACCAAACAUGAAAAUAAGCAUGCAGCUGAAGGUGCUUUUUUUGACAAUAUUCAGUAUUACUUUAGAAUUGAUUUAAUGUAAAUUACAAAUGCUUAGAACUGUGGUGUUUAUAAUUAGAUGUGGUGAUCAGUGUUUUGAUUCAUAUGACAGAAUCCUACAGGUCAUAAUGACACUAUAGAGAGACUGAAUAAAUGCCUCCUAUUGCAUGAUGUUUUUCCCAAUGGCAAUUAUUGUUAUGUUGUCUAUUUGCCUUAUGAUGAACUUUGCUUUUCUUAAAUAGUGCUGGUUGUAAUAGAUUUUCUUCUUGAUAUUGGGAUUGGAGUGCAGAAGUCUUAAAAUGUGGUGCAUCUGAAUAUAGCCCAGUUGUUGCACUUGCCCCAGUUUGCUGAAUUGGAAGACUUCAUCUGAAAGCCUCCCUUUCCCGUGACGCUUGCAACCGGUGGUAGCAACAACAUCAGUAAACUUGCUAUCGUGUGCAAGGACAUGGCUAGUCUCAGAUUGGCAGGCCAGUGAUCCAACUGGGCAGUAUUACGCAUCUACCUGGCUCAGAUCGGAUUGUCCAGGCUCGCGGAGAGCUAAAGUACUUCUGUGCACAGAGCGAAUAGUGGCCCUUAGCAUGUUCUGCACAGCUUGUUUCUUUGCAGACAGGUGUGUGUGUGUGUGUGUGUGUGUGUGUGUGUGUGUGUGUGUGUGUGUG